UCCGUUUUGGCGUCGUCAUCUCGCUCGGACAUUGACUCCUAUCGGUCAUCGACGUGCAACAUUCAAUGAAGAAUAAUAAGCGACUCUGAAAAUAAUCAGGUCAGGAACUCGAUCGGAUGUGUGUGCUGGACGGACCUUUAUUUAUUAAUGGCUGGGCGUCCUUGAUUUCUUAGCGACACUACUGCCAUAAGACGAAAUAAAAGCGGCGAAUCGGAUAGAAAUAUGGAGAGCACCGUUCACUUGGAGAUGGGACUGGGACUCGAAACAAUUGAGAGCGGCCAGCGACGAUGGCCUGUUGCGUCGUCACCGUCUCCCACGGUCUACGAGUCGCCAUUAAAACCUGCUGGAUCAUAAUUGUUGUCGCAUCGUUUUACGUCCUUUUCCUCAACAGCCGUCAUGUUAAUCGGCCGUUCAUCUCGUCGUUGUUGGAUCCUGCCGAUUCCGCCCGUGAAUGGUGUCCCAUUCCAUCGCCUAAACUGAUUGGCUGGACAAACAUUUCGUCGUUGGCAAUGGACGUCCUCCGAAAGAACCAGCAACAUCAAAAAUCGGUUAUUAAAAUCGACCGAGUCAGAGACGGCGGGAAAUACGAACCGGCCGAGUGUCAGUCACGCAACCGAAUCGCCAUCGUCGUGCCUUAUCGCAACCGGGCCGACCAUUUGGCCGUUUUCCUGCGCUACAUGCACCCGUUCCUGCAGAGGCAGCAGCUCAGCUACAUCAUCAUCGUCGUCGAGCAAUCCGACAACGGUAAUUCGCCUUUCAACCGCGGAAUGCUGAUGAACAUUGGCUUCAACGAGGCUCAACAGCUGAUGGAGAAAUUCCAAUGUGUCAUCUUUCACGACGUGGAUUUGCUGCCGGAGAACGACGCCAAUCCUUACACCUGCCCGCAAGACGGCCGGCCUCGGCAAAUGUCCUUCUCCAUCGACUACUUGAACCAUUACAAACCGACGGCGAGAAAUCAUUUCGGUGGCGUGACGGCCCUGUCGACCAACGACUUCCGGACCCUCGGCGGCUAUUCCAACGCCUUCUGGGGCUGGGGCGGCGAGGACGAUGAGCUUUACAACCGGGUCAAGUCCCACAACAUGACGGUGACUAGGGCCUUUGACGGCCAGCAGCCGCCGUCGCUCUUCAUCCCUUUGACCAGGUACAAGUCGCUGUCCCAUCGGAAAGCCAAGCCCAAUCCGGAUCGCAAGCGGCUGCUCAAACAAGCGUCGACCGGAUACAAGGCCGACGGCGGAUUGGCCACUCUCGUGUACAAGAGACUCGAUUGGCAGCUCAAGCCGCUCUACACCCACGUACUCGUCGACAUUCACCCGUGACGAUGAGACCCGGGUCGUCCCUCCAUUUACAAGUUAUGUCAUAUAAUCUCGGUUUUUAAUGUGGAAUUCCAAUCGAUUGCCAUAGAAAUUCUCUUUUUUUUGCUGCAUUAUGGAAAUAAAUGUUGUCGUCUCGG